AACGAAAAAAAAAACCAGAAAAAAAAAACAGCCACAACACUCUAACCAACUACCUCAGAAUGUUCGCCAAAGCUAUUCUCCUCGCCCUCGCGGCCUCCCCCCUCGUCGCCGCCCACGGCAAGCCCGUCGUCAUCAAGGGCGACCUCGGUGGCAACGGCACGGCGCUAGCCAACCAGGGCGGCAUCAUCCCCGGCGAGGGGCCCAACCGCAAGACGGAGCCCGACACGACCGUGUUCAAGAAGGUCAACGGCAAGGUCGUCUUCCAGUCCGACGGCAUGGGCCGCACCCAGGGCCAGGGCCAGAACAAGAUGAACAUGAUCAAAGCCGCCAUGGCCCUGUCCGGCAACACCCUGCCCCAGGUCUCGUCCACCGGCGGCACCAUCGAGGGGACCUACCACAUUGUGACCGACGACGGCGCCGGACCCAUCCAGGCCUGCAUCGACCCGACGGCGACGGGUACCUUCACCAACUGCACCAUGCUCAAGGUCGUGACUCAGGUGCCUGGCAACGGCGGCCGCAUCAAGGCGCCCGCCAAGAACGGCAAGCGCGACGGCCCCGUCGCCGAGCUGUGGGACCGCGCCCUCGAGGCCCUGCACGUGCGCGGCAUCAUCAAGCGCGCCGCCAAGAACGUGAACCAGGACUUCCCCAUGAAGUUCGAGGUCCCAGCCGGCACCACCUGCCAGGGCACCGUCGAGGGCAUCAACAACGUCUGCCUCGUCAAGAUCGCGAACCCCAACCGCGCCGGCCCCUUUGGCGGCGUCAUGCCCAUCCAGAUCCAGCCCGGCGCCGGCAGCGGUAACGCCACGGCCCCCGCGGCUCCAGCCAAGGCCGCGUCGGCAAAGGCUGUCCCCAAGGGCAACAAGCGCAGCGUCGAGUUCACGGCUUAGAUGGUUCGGUUUCGUUGGGCUGUGGGCCGGCGAGGGUGCUUGGCGGGCGACGCCGCGAUCCCUGUUCAGGUCUGGGAUAGAGAUGUUGGAGUGGCAGAGGGAGAGAGAGAUGACAUGCCGGAUGACGAGAGCUGCUGGACUGCCAGUGAUGUGGAAGUUUCAACUGUAUAUAUA